AUGGUGGGCACUAUUGCAAUAGCGAAAUUAUACAGCGGCAGCUGCAAAACAAGAGAGACUGUACGAAAGAUAAUUAAUAAGGUGCGCAUCUGGGGUGGGGAGGAGGGUAAUAUAGGGAAAGAGCAACAAUGUGCUAGGCUCGAUUAUGAUACCUUACAAAUAGGCUCCAAAUUUUUUGCAAAAACCAUGGGAGAUUGGAUAAACAAAUGGAGGCAAAGAACAUAUGGAGGCGUGAGUUCGGGGCAGGGCAAUACGGAUUGUGAGGGUGCGGAAGCAAGAAGAUCAAAGGAAAAUGCAGAAAAGGAGGUGAAACAUGGUCCUGUAAUAACAGCAUUGGAGGAUGGUACUGUACAAAGUAUAAGGACCAUGAUUGAGAAUAAGGAGGCAAUAAGCGAUGAUCAGAAACAGAAAAUAAUGGAAGAAUUCAAAAAUACAGGAACGGGAGGGGAGGCAUGGAAGAAAAUAUUGGACGAUAUAGGACCAGGGAAAACGUCAGUUACACCAGCCGCCGCUGAAAAACCCGUCCGCGCAACACCAGCAGUUGCAGCAUCGCCGGUAGCACCGGGAGCCACGGCAACACCAGCACCAUCAGGGGAACCGACCGCAAAGGGCGCGACACCGCAGACAGGUGGUUCCGGGGAUGACAAGACCAAACACAAAGGGAAGACAAAACCGGAUGGCGCUUCCACGACAACUCAACCGUCCACGACACCACUACCAACAGGUUCAGGUACAGGGGGUACACCGGGAACUCAGUCGCCACCACCAGGGCCUGUAGGAGCAGGAAGGGCAGACACGCCACUGGCAGCACCGGAAGGAUCACCAGGUCGAGCGGAUCAAGCAGCUGCGGACACGAGGGUACCAGCAUCAGCUCCCGUACCACAACCCCCACCUCCUGACCCAAAUCAGGCAAAUGAUCAGGGAGGAUCGGGACAAGGAGCAGGAGCAGCAACAGAUCCCGUACCACAACCUCCACCUGCGGCACCAUCAGAUCCGUCUCCGACAGCACCAUCCACAGGGGCAGGAGGAGCAGGCGUAGGAGCAGAGAGAGAGAGGACGAGCACGGAGUCCAAGGAUAAAGUAAAGGGUAAGGCAACAGGAGAGAAUAUAAGUAAGGAGGGUUCCCCGGAACAUACUCCAGCAAAUGUACGAAAGUGUGAAGACCUGGAAAAUGAGCAUCCAGAAGAAAUUGUUAAGUGCUUGGAGAGGGAAGUCAAGAAUACGGACAACGUGAACAAGAAGGACGAGGUCGACAAACUCAUUGGGAGGGGUCCCAUGGGUCUCCCCGGUGCUUCGCGCUCCAUAGAAAUAUCCAUAGGCAUGUCGAAUACUACUCCUACAGUACCCAUAGGCGAUGACGUCGUCGAUGGCGGCAAUGAUGACCCCCCUCCUCUCAAUCCACCCAAACCGAACCCGAACCCCAAUCAAUCGGGUAGUAGUGGCAGUUUCAGUGAUGCCGAUUUGGCGGAUGGAGUUUCUGGCGGGGAAGGAAAAGGCGCAGGUGGUAGUGGUGGUGAACCGGAUGAUCAAGUUACAAGCACUCCUGGCGGUGGUGGACUGGGUCAACCUGCCGCCGAGGCAGCAGGUCCAAGCCCAACAACUGUUAAUUCUGUUCCAGAUAGUUCACAGGCAGGUUCACAUCCUCCAUCAGGACCAGGGCAAAUUGUGGACUCAGGGACAGAAGUAACAUUAGUACCAUCGACUAAUCCAACAAGUAGUCCAACAGGACCAGGACUGACAGUUACCCAACCUGAUACAUCCAGUGGAAAAGCUAAUGAAGGAGGUAAAGCACCCACCUUAAGAGAUAGAGCAUCCAGUUCAGGAGGCAGUACCCUCAGUGAGCAACAACCUACCCCGUCUUCCCGUAAACCCUUCGACCCCAAGGAUCUCAUCCCCUAUAGCCCCGCGAUCAUUCCCGCGGUGGUUGGUAUUGGGGUCAUUGCGUUCUUCCUAUGGAAGUACUUUGCGUACCUCGCCAAACGUCGACGAACGUAUCGAACCGUUCGUGACGUGCCGUCACCGCCACUCGACGAAGAAAUUCUAGACCAUCUACAACGCGGCGAACUGCCGCCACCCGAUUACGGGUACACCAUGGUUACGGAUAGGCAACCUGCGUCAACAUCCGGUAGAGGACGCUCCCCGCGCGUGCAUAAGCGCACCAUUAUUGAGCUACAUCUAGAAGUGCUCAACGAAUGUGGAGUGGCCGCGUGGGAAAACGUCAAAGACGACUAUUUGCAGAUACUUGUGGAGGAGUUUGCACAGGAGUUGAUGCGGGACGCAAAGGGGUAUAGUAGUUCCUUGGAUGCUCCUAUCACAAACCAGGAUUUAUCAGGAAACAAUGUUUCCUCCACUGACUGCGACGGAACGGAUGCAUGGAGUUGUAUGGAAACUAAACAGUUAGCAACGGACCCAUGUCCACCUAACGAAGAGGACCCCGAUCCAUGGAGUUGUAUGGAAACCAUGCAGUUAGCAACGGACCGGUCUCCACCUAAUGACUGCGAUCCAUGGAGUUGUAUGGACAACAUACAGUUCGCAACGGACCCUGGUCCACCUAAUGACUGCGAUUCAUGGAGUUGUACGGCACCUAUACCGUUAGCACCGCAUCCUUCUGCAUCCAACCACGAUGACCCCGAUCCUUGGAGUUAUAUGGAAACCAUGGAGUUCGCAAUAGAACAGAGUUCCCCUUGCGAGCCCGACCACGUGACGUCGGACUACACAAGGUGGACACCUUGGAUUGACCGCAACAAACAUAUUCUGCGGGAGUGUACGGCACAGCCGUGGUUCCAAACCCUAAAACAGCAGUGGAGACAAUACCUACGUGAUCACAUGGUGGCAAACGAGGAUAACGGAGUAUACGGCCAUAGUGAAUUCGGUGAAGCCACAACCCUCCAGAUGAGCAAACUGCGGUUGUGGAAACAAUGGGUUUCCCAACAACAUCGGCAAAUGCGUAUGUAUAACGCGGAGGAGUGGUUCCAACAUUUGUUGAAUAAUGUAGAGGAGGAGACAGUACCGGAAAAAGGCGAAGUACCUAUAAUGGAAAAAGACUUAGAAGUGGAACAAGUAAUGGGAGCAGAAGAUGUUCUAAGAGUGCGAGAUGUACCACGCCCCCAACAACUGCAUCCACAACUGUACCUCAACAAGCCGGUAAGCACUAAAAUAUGCAUACUGAUCCUGGCAUUAGUCAUAGAACAGUACGAGCUUGAAAGCCGCCUGCAGGAGAAGGAGUUAUAUGUGGAAAAUUUAUUAGAACACCUUUGCAAUUAG